CCGUUGCAGGCACAGACUUCAGAGUUCAGAAGCGCUCUCGCUUUUGCUGCCAGCAACGAGCAGCGAUGCGAGCCGCAGCGGGAGGCCGCGCGGUGUUCCACCUCCGCCCGCGCCAGCCAUGGCGAGCCCCUCCUCCUCGUCCUCCCACCACCACCACCACCACCACCGCGCUCCUCUCCCACUCCAUGCCCGCGAGCCGCGCCCACCACCGUCGCCUCCCCAAAGGUUUUUUACCAACUCUGGAACCGGGGGUUUCAGCAGUCUACUUGUGUCGGCGAGCACACUCCACAACAUGCAGUGUUUUAAUGGAGGACAGAUUACAGGGGGAGUUAGAUGGUGCAAAGGGAGAAGUGCGGAAACAUGAGACAGUUGGUGCAUUUCAAAAAAUACCAAUGGUGAUGCCUGCAACUGAUAUACUAAUGUCUGCACAGAGGAAAUCAAGAAAUGUGCCACCAACAAAGGGUAUAGCAAAUAUUGCUAAGCGUGAAAGGAACAAAGGUGCGAAACAACUUGAUGCCUUAAUGAAAGAACUUUCAGUACCACUGAGAACAUACACAGAAAACUUCCCUAAGAGGAGAGAUUUACAUCCUUAUGAGAGGUCUCUCAUUGAGUUGACUUUUGGGGAGGGUUAUUAUGAGCAGGUUUUAGGACGAGUUGAUGCUCUCAGGAAAAGGAUUACUUCUGUUGGAAAGCAACAUGCUUCUGUGUGUGCUAAGUCAACAACAAAACGUGAAGCAGAGGAGCGCCUCACUGAGGGCAGAAAGAGACUUGAAGAAGCUUUCCAACAUGGAAAGCAUGCCAUUGAUGAUUUAGUAAACGUAGCAAAGGCUUUGCGUUCUAUGCCUGUUGUUGAUCUACAUAUACCAACACUAUGUCUAGUUGGAUCACCUAAUGUGGGGAAGUCAUCAUUAGUUUGCAUAUUAUCAUCUGGAAAACCUGAGGUCUGCAGCUAUCCAUUCACGACAAGAGGGAUUCUAAUGGGUCACAUUGUAUCCAAUCAUGAGCGUUUUCAGGUUACGGACACUCCAGGACUACUUACGAGGCAUGAUGAUGACAGAAAUAAUAUAGAGAGGUUGACACUUGCCGUCCUUUCUUAUCUACCAAUCGCUGUCCUGUAUGUUCACGAUCUAUCUGAAGACUGUGGAACCUCAGUGGCUGAUCAGUAUAUCACGUACAAGCAUAUAAAGGAAAGGUUUGGUGGUCGCCUAUGGAUCGAUGUUAUCUCCAAAUGCGAUCUUUUGGGCAAGAAAGCGCCCAUGAGCCUUGAUGGCGCUGAUGAAGAAGUGGCACAGUACAGAAGAUUCGGUCCAGAAGGCGCCCUCCAGGUAUCUGUGCAGAGUGAAAUCGGCGUCAAAGAGCUAAAAGAAAGAGUGCAUCAGCUACUGACCUCCCAAAUGGCUCGGAUCAAAGCUGACAAGGCGGAGCAUGAAACACAGGAAGCUGGCACUAGUGUUCCUUGAAGUACAGCACAUGCUCUCAUAAACGUUCACGUUCGAUGUUUAUGUAAAUUGUCCACUCAACGGAUUUCAACAUGUUCUGCAAAUUUGGCCUUUUUCAAAAGGGAGGCCAGGUGUGUUAGUAUGCAUGUCUCGUGUAUCUGUCCAUUA